AAACAGGAUUUUCCUUGUAUCGAGCUGAAUGAUUAUGCGGAAGGCAAGUGAGAAUUGUAAUUAUUGUUUAACUCUCGCGAAAUUCGAGGAAAUGAUGAAAUGUGCGAGUGUCGAAACUCGGUUAUUUUUCUGCUUUUUUAUAACGGGAAAAAUGUACGAUAAAACGAGUGAAUCUUCUUUCAAAAAUGUUACGAUAUUACGGAAAACUGACGUUUCUUUCCACUGACAACGCGUGCUGGAAACGUCUGAUCAUGUGCUGCAUUUUCUAUUGCGUUUGUCAACGUGAGGUUCACAGUUCAAUUUUUUCUGAAACCCUUUCUAUUGAAAAGAACUCUGUCGUUGCUCUUUUGCAAAAUAGAUCUUGUGAUAAAAAUCUAUAUGUUUCCAUUUCUCUAUUCCAAUUGUUUAAAGGCAUGAUCCAGCCAUCGAAGAUAUGAUAUAAGAGAUAUAUUAUUAUCGAGUCACGGAAUUCAGUGGAAAAUCAAAGUACAUCUGAGGUACUGGCAAGUUGUAAUUUACCAGAUCCCCCGGCGGAGGAAAAUGAUCGACUAAUAUCAAGCGGAGAAUGUCGCGUGGGGUCGACCUGCGCGGUUUCGCACAGCGAAGGGGACUUUCGCCGAGGCGGGUUGGCAAUUCUGGCUCGUCUGUUUCUACUGCGGCCUACCGCUCUCUGCGUUCCGCCACGGGUUUUCGCAAUCGCCGUGGAAUCGCGCGUAAAAACUCGCGAGCACGAUCGAUUAGACUCGCGGCGGCUAAUGAACCUAAGUGCAACGAUGCGAGCAGGCGCUACGGUCGACGUCGGCAGUCUAUUGCAGCAGCGUCUCGCGUAAUUCGCAUCACCGACUGCGCGUGGAAAUAUCGUCGGGGAAGCGGAUGCUCGUCGUGGCUGUUCCCAUCGAAAGAUGUGGCGGUGCUGCCGACGGAGACGUCACCCCGUGCGAAUCGUGAACACGAGGCUGCCGAGGAACGAUCGACGUCAGAUCGAGGCCGAGGAGGCCCAACGUGCUCCUUCAACCUGAGAGUUCGCGUGCUGCGAUCGCGCGCGCAUACGUGCGCAAUAGAUACACGUAGAUUCGGUGCACGGCAGGCUGCCGACGGCGAGGACGUUCCUCCUGUCGAUUGGACGAGACGCCUGAUACUCGACGCCGAUGGAUAUUCGCGGUGACACCAUGGACGAUGAUAUCGACGACAAAGAUGAUACAAAACGAAAAUCGCGCAAUCUCAGCGAAAAGAAACGCAGAGAUCAAUUUAACAUGCUCGUCAACGAGCUCGGCAGCAUGGUCAGUGCUAAUACGCGGAAAAUGGACAAAUCCACGGUGUUGAAGUCGACAAUUCUAUUUUUAAAGAAUCACAAUGAGAUAGCAGUUAGAUCGAGGGUCCAUGAGAUUCAAGAAGACUGGAAGCCGUCCUUUCUCUCGAACGAGGAAUUCACGCAUCUUAUAUUAGAGGCACUGGACGGCUUCAUAAUGGUUUUCUCGUCGAACGGUCGUAUUUAUUACGUGUCCGAAAGCGUUACCUCCUUGCUUGGAUAUCUUCCAAACGAACUGGAGAGCACGACUAUUUACGAUAUAACGUAUCAGGAAGAUCAGCCGCACUUAUACAAUAUUUUGCUGAAUCCUGGCAGCACACGGGACAGACACACCGUGAAGAAAGAGGACCAAAUAUCUUUCGCGUGUCAUAUCAAAAGAGGCGGACUCGAUUUUCGGGAAGACUCUAUCUACGAAUGUGUACAGUUUAUCGGAUAUUUUCGUUCCACGAUGGACAAUGACGUUGACAAUCUACUACCGAGUCAAAAAUUUAGUAAUACCAGUGGAUCAGACAACAAGUAUUUUAUAUCUCCGACUGCAUAUAUAAAAUACAUAAAUAAAAUCGUGCCGUGUUAUUGUACUCACAUUUCUCUUUGCAGAUUAGUUUUCGUGGGUACGGGACGUCUUCAGACUCCUCAACUCAUCCGAGAGUUAUCCGUGACGGAUAACACAAAGUCGGAAUUCACGUCUCGUCAUAGUCUCGAGUGGAAAUUCCUGUUCCUGGAUCACAGAGCGCCGCCUAUUAUCGGUUAUCUGCCUUUCGAAGUAUUGGGCACUUCUGGUUACGAUUAUUAUCAUGUGGAUGAUUUAGAUAAUGUGGUUACGUGCCAUGAGUCGCUGAUGCAGAAGGGCGAGGGAACCUCCUGCUACUACAGAUUUCUCACGAAAGGCCAGCAGUGGAUUUGGUUGCAGACCAGGUUCUACAUCACGUACAAUCAGUGGAACUCGAAACCUGAAUUCAUCGUGUGCACGCAUUACGUGGUCAGUUAUGUCGACGUAAUGAAGGAAUUGCGCGCGGAAACGGGGGGUUACGAUAAAACGCAAAGUCCGGAUGUUUUACUGCCUGUAAAACAAGUGACCACAUCCUGCCAAACACCGUUGGCGCAGUGGUCGAGCAAGUCAUCGAAGACGUCCAAGGCGAUGACAGUCGCCUCCAAUCUACGACAUCACGGUGACGGCUCCAACACAUCCUCGAUAUCCAUCUCGUUGCAAAGCUCACCGCAGUCGCAAAUAACACACGGAUCGCGAUCGAACGCGGCUUCGGCGAGCAGUUCUGUGGUGUCGAAGUCGAUAGCGUCGGUGGACAGCAGGCAGCAGCAACAACAACCGCAGCAGCAAUCGCAGCAGCAGCCGCAGCAGCAACCGCAGCAGCAAUCGCAGCAGCAGCCGCAGCAACAACCACAGCAGCCUCAGCAACAGCAGCACCAGCUGGAUGUUAAUCAGUCGUGUAUUAAUUUCAUGGAUCCUGCGCAAUACGCGACGGUUAAUCUGCAAUCGGUCACCGCAGGAUUCGCGACGCCUGCUGCGCCCAUUCUUUCAACAGUGCCUACUCACGAGAUAUUACAUCAGCAAGGCAUCGUGAUGACUCCCGCGCAAAAUCAGAUACAGGACGAGUUGCAGAGGAAGCACGAAGAGCUGCAACAGCUGAUCGUUCAUCAGCAAGAGGAACUGAGGAGAGUCUCCGAGCAAUUGCUUAUCGCCCGAUAUGGGAUCCUCACGCCGUUACUUAAUGCGGGUAUACCGUACAAUCCGUCAAAUCUGUGCCAACAAGCCAACCGGUGCAACACCAACAACGCCAGCGUGCAGUUGCCGGCAUCCAACAGUGUGCAGAGCGUGAAUGUACUUCCCAUACCAAUCACAGUGCCUAUAGUAUCUACAGAAUUAUUCUCGCAUCCUUUGCAAGUGAGCCCGUCGCCGGGCUCGACACACGGCACAGUAGGCGCUAUAAUACGAACUCAACAGCAGCAACAGCACUCGCAGUUGCAACAGCAGCAGCAACAACAGCAGCAGCAACAGCAACAGCAGCAACAAACACAACAGGGUCCACCGCAGCAGGAAGGCAGUAAUCCUGAUCUCGUGCCUUUCCAGAUCUGUCCUCACGCCGAGAUGAUUUACGGUAGCAUGGAGACGCCGUCGAAUCAGCACCAGAGAUCAGCGCAAAACUGAGGGGGACGUCUUCUAUUCUUGGACUCUCCGAUUGUAUCUGUCGAUUAACGAACACAAGCGAGAAAAUAUUCAUCUCCGAGCCGAGGAGUCUUCCAAAUUCUCUCAGAACCUGACUUGUUCGUUUGACGUAAUGGCGGAAUUGUUGAACGAUGUUUAUCGCCAUAAUUGCAAACAUCGUCAUUCCAUUCGUGUGAGAACUGCGUUCUGGAAAAACGGAUGCUCUACGAGUUAUGAAAGUAACGUAGAAAGAUAACGAUGCGUUCCUAAUAGCAACUGAUGUCUAAUAAACCGUAAUAAACCGUAAUAUGACUACAGCAUUUUGACACACCAGUGUGUCAUUUUUCAUACAUCGAUGUAUUUACGUUCGAUUUGCUCCAACUCUCUACGUUGCGGUUGCGUUAAGUGCGAAUUAAUCGCGCGAAAGACUCUCCACCGCUCUAUGAUCGUUGUACAUUUGUUUAUUCAUCGUAUCUAUCUCUUCCUCGUUCGGCUAACUAUUGACCAGAGAGACUCUUGAAUGAAAAACUGUUCUGCCCUCAAUCGCAGAUAUUCUUAAACCGCGGGACGGUACAGUGCGACAAAAUUAACAAGUGAUGUUCCAGUUUAUGUGUAUAUUGCGUAAGAUUAUAAUUUAUGAAGACAAUAGUUGUGUGUGUACGAGCGAGAUCCGAGGAGAGUUUCAAUAAGGAAUGAUACUUAUUGCAUGAUUUUUACAUAAAUUCUGGUGAUUCUCCGAGACUAUAAACGGCGAUCGUCGAAUUUCGCUAUAUUUUCUGCACGAAAAUAUAGUUUUUAUAUCUUUAUGACGAAGAGAUACCCAAACCGUAAGAUUUUUCGAAGGAAAGCGCGGUGACGAAACGUUUAACAGUCACCACGUUCUGUUGCAUGUGUAUAUUGUAUAAAAAUUAAGAAUAACGAGAAGCUGUGACAAUAUACGCGCCGACAAAAUCCACGAAAAUACGCGCUCUCUAUACUGCAGAAGAGUAAAAAUAUAUUUAGCGUGGAAUUUUUAUGUAAACUUUAUGAUAAUCUCUUCCCAGAUAGCACAGAGAAUUCAAAAAGAAUUCAGUCGUAUAUCACCAAUUCUGAGUUAAUUUUCAGAUAUAAAAAGA